AAAAGUAAAAAAACAAUGAAUCCGAAUAUGCAUUCAUUUAAACCUAGGGAUUGCAGUUAGUUUGAGAUUUUUAAAUGGCGACUUUCGGACUAUUUUUAGUUUUGUUAUUAUGGAGAGGUCUUCAUAAAUUUGAGGCUGCCGCGGAUGGUCAUAUAGAGACGGAAAAGUUAGGAAAAGUAACUUUCGAGUGCAGAAAAGGCUGGUCUAUAUACAAUGCCAACUGUUACAAGGCUAUAGAUGUCCCGAUGACGUAUGCUUUUGCAUCCCUUACUUGUCUGGGACAAGGAAGUGUUCUGUAUUAUCCAGAAAAUGAAUUAGAGUACCACGAUUUUGUUGCUGGUUUGCUGCCUAAGACAAUUUGGUUUGGGUUACAUAAGGAUAAUGAGGAUGGAAAAUGGAAGAUUGGAGAAAUAGAAGUACCUUUGGAGAACAUUCCAAGAUGGGGUCCCAAACAGCCAGAUCAGAGCAUCGGUAAUGCCACUGCCGUUCAUCCGGUGACGGAAAUAAUGAUAUAUGAUGAAAACGAGAAUUUACCAUUUGUUUGCAAAUACAGAGCCUGCAUUGAAGGUUAUAUUCCAUGUGACUUAGCAUCAAAAUGUAUUCCAAGUGAGCAGGUCUGUAAUGGAUUACCUGAGUGCACAGAUGAAAGAGAUGAAAACAACUGCUCUGACCUUGGAAAAUGGUACCUACACCUUGAGGAAGAAGCAGGAUCGUUCCAGACUGGAUCAGUUACUGAUUUCACAGAGAAAACCUGGAUCUUUGAAGCCGAUGUUGGAAAGAGGAUCAGGCUUUAUGUACCUCAAAUGAAUCUUCAAACAAAUGUUGUGUUUGUUGAGGUUUGGAGUGGUGGGCCCACAUUUGAAUCUUCGGAGAUGUUACAUCGUUUUACAGGAAAUAAUAGCUUCAUAUAUCUGUAUUCAACUACCAACUUCCUCAUUGUGCGUUUGUAUGCUAUAGAUGUAAGCACCAACACUGCUUCAUAUUCAUUCGGAUGGUCAACAAAUAUAGCACAAAUACCAAUGGGUGAAAAAGUAGAAACAGCAAUAACAACAUGGAAAGGCAUUCCUAUACCGUUUAUAUCUGAAGAAGUGAAACCAAAAAAUCUUAUGCUUUGGUGGCGUAUCGAUGCUCCAGAGGGUCAGCUUAUAACAUACUACGUGCAGAUUGACCCCGAAACAGGGUAUUCAGCAGAUGAUGUAAACUUUGACAUCAAGGUCUAUGGCAUGGAAGACUCUCUCAAGUGUCGCUAUUACUACACAUGGGCAUUUAAUGAAAUGCACGUAGUGUCUAAUUUUGUGCCCGAAAACGGUGCUGUAACAUUGCGAUACAAAUUAGGUUGUGGAAUGGAUAUAACAGACACGUAUGGUAUAAUUGUUUCACCUCAUCCAAUACCCAACAGUCUGAAAUGCUCAUGGACUCUAAAUGCUGGACAAAAUAUGUCUCCUUCUAGAGGAAUGGUUCUGAAAUUCUAUAGCCUUAUGUUGAAAGAAGAUACAAUAGGAACCAAUCCAGGAACAAAAUUAGAGGAUAAAUUUAUGAUUUAUGCUGACGGAUCUGCAACAGCUAUAACAGAUGUUGCUUUGUAUGACGGUAACCUAGACAAUAUAAUACAUGCACCUGGGGGACAUUUUAAGGUGGACUUUGAAUCUGAUGCUGCCAUUAUGUCUCAAGGUUUUAUCUUUGGCUUUGGAACAGAUUGCGAAGCCCUAGACGUAUCAGCUGAGACAAUUAAAAGCACCAACAUGACAUACUUCUGGGAAAAUGUCGAGCUGUCUUGUCCGAUUGGAUAUAAAUUCCAUAUGGAAAAAUACUUUGACAUGGAAAUUGUGACACUUCGAUGUGACUCGAUGUGGGAGAUAGAUGGUGAAGACCCAGGAGCUAUUGCGGAAUGUCAGGUUGUGCACUGUGGACCUCCAACAAAGAUUCAGAAUGGUGGUGUUAAGUCAGCUACAGGAGUUACUUAUAGUGAAGUAGCUACAUAUUUCUGCAAUGAUGGAUUCCAAAUGAGCAUCGGCGGUCCGAAUGCUACUUGUGACAAGGAGGGCAUGUGGACGAAUGUCCCUACAUGUACAUCAUCCGUAUGUUCAGUUUUCAAUGAAAAUAUCCUCCCAAAUGGAAAGUUUGAGAUUAUUCGAGGAAAUGACUUUUCUGGUAACACCGCAGACUUUAAUACUGUGGUAGAGUUUUCAUGUGAUCCAGGAUAUGAAAUAGUCGGUCCUACGAUUUCAUUCUGUGAUUCAGAUGGAUGGACGCAUACAGAUAAUCCCCCAAUUUGUAAAAGAAUACCCUGUCCUGUACCUUCAAUAGCAAACUCUAACAUUCCAUUGGCUGGCCCUACUUCACCGACAUUAUCUGGAGACACAUAUCUUGUGAGCUGCAAUGCAGGAUAUAAGUUAAGGUCCACAGAUGCAGGAUCUAUAAAUAUGUUCUGUCAGGCAAACAAAACAUUCGAUCAGACACAAGGAUGUUAUGACAUAGAUGAGUGUGGCACAAAUACAGACCUGUGUCAGGAUUCACCAACCAUUUGUAUGAAUACAGCUGGGUCAUAUAUCUGUGAAUGUAAACCAGGAUACAAACGAGUAAAUGAUUUUAUAUGUACAGAUAUCAGAGAAUGUGAUGAUGAAUAUGGAGGCUGCAGUACAACAUGUGUCGAGGAACAAGGAUCUUACAAGUGUGUAUGUAAUCCAGGAUUUGAACUGUUUGAAAGUGACGGAUUUAAUAGCUACAAACUUCCUCCAGGGGAGACUGGAUUCCGGCGGGGAGAUCGUUACUUUGUUAACCAUACAUGUGUCCGUGUACAAUGUCCAACCUUGCCGCAAGUGUCGAAUGGAAAGUAUCUUACAAACAAAGACUCUAACUUCCACUUCGAGGAUACAAUUACAUUACAGUGUGCUGACGGGUACCAGGUUAAUAAAACUGGUAUCUUGAGAAUAACUUUUUUUGUAUCUACAUGUAAAAAUGAUGGAACAUGGGAUGAACUAUAUAGCUGUGAAGCUAGAAAAUGCAGUCUACCAGCAGCUCCUGCAUAUGGCGUUUAUGACAAGACAGAAGUUAUGUUUGGUGAAGCUGUUACCUUAACCUGUAACCUGACAUCAACCAAGACAAAAGAACUGAAGGCAGUGUGUAUCUAUGAUGAAAAGAAUGUACGUUUUGCUGGAGCAGAUAUCAGCAAAUGCCCAGAAAUUGAUUGUGGUGAGCCCAAUUUGGUAAUGCCAGUUGGUGGAAAAUUCUUUAACAACAUAGGGCCUGCAACAAACACAUACCUACCUUCCACCUCCAAGUUUAUUCUUGACUGUGACAAUGGUUUCGAUGUUACUGGAUUCUCCAAUGAUGACGAAGGUAACAUGACUGUCAGGUGUAAGGAAAAUGGCCGAUGGAACUUUGGGACACUGGCUUGUGCUGAUACAGAAAAUCCAACAUUUAGUGGUAGCUGCGGACAGACAUACAACAUUGAUGCAGUUGAUCAAGUGUUCUUUAAACCUGGAACAGCAAGUGAUAACGUUGCAGUGGCUUCUUUCAGUAGGACUGAUCCUUUACAGUCUGGUGAUAGGCUGCUUGUUGAUACCUCAGUAACUUACACUGCGAGAGAUUUCCAAGGAAAUGAUGAAACAUGUACAGUUACCUUUAAUGUUAUAGAUCGCACAGUUAAGCCAACACUUGGUUGUCCGCACUCAAAGACAAUUUUUGUUUCUGACAGAGAUUCUGAGGCCUAUAAUACAUCUAGUGAAAUCUUAGUGUCUGGUGGUAUGCUUCAAGUGAGCCCAGCGUCACUUGCCGUGUCUGUUAGUAAAAUCGGUUCAGCUGACAAUGUUACAGCUACAGCAGAAGAUCAGUUUGGCAGGGAAUCCUCAUGCACAUUUAUGGUUGAUUAUGUUGCAAAUGCUUGUUUCAAAGAACAGAUAUUUGUUGACAAUAAUGCUGUGAGAGCCUGCAACGAAGUUGGUGGGAAUCUUGUCUGUGAGUCCACCUGCAAAACAGGCUAUAUUUUCUCUGAUAAAACGAGUGCCAAGAACUUCACAUGUUCCGGAACAGGGAACUGGGAUUAUACGAGUACUUUACCUCAUGCUCGCUUCUGUCUUUUGAAGGAGAACCCAGAGUAUAUAGUUUCUGUGAACUUGAUACAUACCUAUGGGUACAUUACUGGUGAUUGUGUAGCUGAGUAUCAAACCUUUUUAGUGGCUAAUAUACCUACCUUUCAAAAUAACAUUGAAAACCUUUGCAACCAGAAGUGGGAUGUCUCAGUAAACACAGUUAAAACAGAUGGUGGAUUUUUUGAGUUUAUAACAACUUUGGAUCUCAAGUUAGUAUCAUCUGUUACUGUGUCUGAAAGUGAAGACUGUAUCAAACAAAUCAAGAAUACUGCAAACAAUGUGUUUGAUGGGGCUAUGUUUUGUGCAGAUGCUGGUCAAAGCUACAGUUUGACUGUGAAAGAAGAUUCAGUUAUAUCAGGGAGUGGGGAACGUAGUUGUUCAUUUGUAGGUUAUAGAUUGGAUGUUGAUAUCUGCUUGCCAUAUGGACCUGCCCAGUUUUUCAACGUGGAAACAGUUGCUAUAAAUGAUUGCCCAGAUGGACAGUACCAAGAUGGUUUUGCUCAGACAAGUUGUAAAAGUUGCUCUUCAGGACAGUAUCCAAAUAGUGACAAAACAGGCUGUCAAGUAACCUGUCCCAGAGGAUUCCGAUCAAAUUCGGGAUUCUACCCCUGUACAGCAUGUAGCAUAGACACAUAUUGGACAGCCAAGGACACAUGUACUCCGUGUCCAGGUGCCCGGUCAACUGUUGGCAUUGAAGGAGCAACUGAUGAAACAAAGUGCAUUGAGCCAUGUCCUAAGGGUACAUACUCAAAAACAGGAUAUAAUGUAAAUGGCUGCACAUCAUGCCCACUGAACUUUUACCAGGAUGAAACAACACAAAGGACUUGCAAGCGAUGUUUCAACAACCAGAGGACGUCUGCAACAGGAAGCAUCAGUUUUAGCAAUUGUACUGAUGUCACUGAUGUAUGUGACAGAACAACUUGCAAUGAUUUUGGUGAUUGCUCAUACAAACGUGGUUAUAGGGAGUGUACAUGUGAUCUUGGUAACUAUGAUGAUAGAUGUCAGAAUAUGUACCAUAUUUGUGAUGGAAAUCCUUGCACUUAUGGGGCCACAUGUGUUAGAGGGGCAACUCCAACAGAUUACACUUGUACCUGUAGAACAGAUUUGGACAUCUGUAAAAUGGACGUUCAGGAAGAUGCAAAAGUUGGAAGUCAAGGUUUAGCUAGUCAGCUGACAGCUUUUCAAGUAUCAAAUUUGCAAGGGUGUAAAUCUGCAUGUUUGAAUAAUAAUGAAUGUAAAGAGGCUUCAUUCUUAUCUUCUAGUAACUUCUGUGUUCUGUUUAAUGCUGAACUUUUAGCAAAUGAGUUGAAUGAUGAGAGCAACACAGAUGACCAGCACUUACGGAAAAUUUGUAACAUAGAUUUGGACAUCUGUGAAAUGGACGUUCAGGAAGAUGCAAAAGUUGGAAGUCAAGGUUUAGCUAGUCAGCUGAGAACUGUUCAAGUAUCAAAUUUGCAAGGGUGUAAAUCUCAAUGUUUGAAUGAUAAUGAAUGUAAAGAGGCUUCAUUCUUAUCUUCUAGUAACUUCUGUGUUCUGUUUAAUGCUGAACUUUUAGCAAAUGAGUUGGAUGAUGAGAGCAACACAGAUGACCAGCACUUACGGAAAAUUUGUAACAUAGAGGAUUGCCCAGCUGGAAAGGAACGUAGCGUAGUGACAGGUGAAUGCGACAUGUGUGAACGUGGUUAUUGGCGAAGUCUCACAUUUGAUGACUGCCAGAAGUGUCCAGAGAAUACAACAACUUACUUAAACGAGCUUGCCGAAACUGAAGAUGACUGUGAAAUGGCUCUUUGUCCACCUGGGCAGUAUUAUAUCACUGACACAGACACAGGAGUUGUCAGCUGUAGCCCAUGUGAGAUUGGCAAAUACAACCCUUAUGUAAUGGCGGAAUCGUGUGAACAGUGUGAUAGUGGUAAAACAACACAAGCUACUGGCAGAAAAUAUAAGAGUGAUUGCAUAGAAAUUUGUCCAUCUGGUAGUGGGUAUGAUACAGAUGCAGGAGAUUGUUUGAAUUGUCCAAAAGGACAGUACAAUGAUGGGCUUCAACCUCCUCCAAAUACGUGUAAAUAUUGUCCAGACAGCACCACCACAUUUACAGCCGGACAGUCUUCCUGCAGUACUGUGGUUACACCAAUUCCUAGGAGAUUAGUGACUAUCAAAAAGACUGUGACCUUUGCUCUUAGCAUUGACAAUUGUGGCAGCACUGAUUCGUUAAAUUUGAUCUUGACACGCAUUUCAAUCACUAUAAGGCUGUUGUUUAUCAGACAUCGAGAUGAAAUAUACAGUGCUUCACUGUCCUUCUGUGUUGGCGACUGCACUAACUUGGUUGUAAGGUACCCAAAUAGUAACCCAGCUUUAGCCUGUAGACUGAAGGGCUCUGGACGUAGGAAACGAGCAACAACACAUGAAGUUGAUGUAGAGCUUGAAUUCAGUAAUGUGAGUGACAGUACUUUGGACACACAGAAUAAUGUUGCUUUGUCAACCAAAGAAGUCAUCAAUCAGAUUAUUAAUAACAACAAAGAAGAGCUUUCGCUGGAACCAGGCCAGAUAGAAUACCAAAGUGCUGCUCCAUCUGUGGUCAGUGUACUGUGCAGUCCUGGUGAAGAAUCUAUAAAUAACGAGUGUGUUGUAUGCAGUACUGGUCGGUAUGGUACAGAUGGAGUGAGUUGUGAGUUGUGUCCAGGAGACACAUACCAAGAUGAAUCAGGCCAAUCCUCUUGCAAGAAUUGUCCAGCAAAAACAUUCAAUGAUGCUGAAGGGGCAACCAGCUCUUCACAAUGUAAAUCAUGGUGUGUUAACAACCCUGGUUACUGUAACAACAGAGGUAUAUGCUCAGACACCGGUCGACGUACAGCAUCCUGUAGUUGUUAUGACAAUUACGAGGGGGCACAAUGUGCAUCUGAAAAAGUGUAUUCAAUUAUAUAUAUUGCUGGAGCAGUUUCUGGAAUGGUAUUUCUUGUCAUUAUUGUGGUUAUAGCUGUAUGUUUCUAUAAAAGAAGACAACAUGUACCUAGGAAACCAGAGAGCAGUGUAAGUACAGCAAACGUUAACGAUGACAAUGAAGAUGGGGCCCACUACGUAAGCCUCGAUGAUAUGCGGGUAUCAGACACAAAUGAUGUACACUUAAAAGGACCUUCUUUGCCACGAAGACAAGUUGUAGAUGACACACCCUCUUAUAUGGUGCCUAUAAGCCGAGAUGUCAAUUAUGACAGGAUAUCUAUAUCGGACACAAAUGAUGUGCACUUAGGAAGGCCUUCUUUGUCACGAGGACAAGUCGUAGGUGACACAACCUCAUAUUUAGAGCCUAUAAGCCGAAAUAUCAAUUAUGAUAUUUCCGAUUCAGGACAAGACAGAAGUGAGGCGACUGGGACAGUUGAUGCUAGCCAACAACAGGCAGGAUACCAUUCCCUACACGCUGUCAGAGACAAAAAUGCUUUGUAUACAAGGCUAGUGAUAGGAGAUAAAUCAACCACUAGAAGUGAGGCGGCUGGGACAGUUGAUGCUGAACAUCAUGAGGCAGGAUACCAUUCCCUAAAAGCUGUCAGAGACAAAAAUGCUCUGUAUUCAAGUCUAGAAGUAGCAGAUAAAUCAACACCUAGACAAAUUUAUGAGAAUCAAGAAAGACCCAAAACCAACGAUGGAAUUACACAGCUUCGUAGAUCAGGUUAUAACUAUGCUGAACGCGAUUAUUACAAUAAAAUGUCGCUGAACAUCGAACAACAUCAGCAGCAACAAGCUUAUGAAAGGUUAAGGAAAGAUGCUCAGGGAGACCAACACAGUUAUGACCAUCUAUGAACCAACAGGACAAACAAUACGUGCUUUGAAACAGCCUGUUGAAGUGAUAUUCAUUUGUUAUUUUGUGCCCCCCUCCCCACAGUUUUUUUUCACAUGGUGUUUCCCAUGUCUGAUUGAUACCUUAGCUGGUAGGAGGUAAGGCCUAGGACAAUGGGAAAUCAUUGUAUUCAUUCUAUAACCACUUAAUAUAAUCUGUUUCCUAUGGACACAUAUCUAUAGACUAUAGUAAUCAUUACUUUUUAUGUAGUUGUUAAAAUGACAUCUAAAUUGUUCAGUUGCUAAAUAGUAAAUAUGAUAAAUUAAUAGUUAAGAAUAAAUUUAAUCCUAGAAAAAAAUUAUAGUUAGGAAAACAUGCUAGAUUUUUUUCAUAGCUAAUUUAAGUUGAUGUUUUACAGUUAAAUAUGCAAGUUGCAUAUAUAUGUCAUCAAAAUGGUUUAAGGUUGUGCUUUGUUGUAUAUUACAUUUUUCAUAAUAACAUUUUCAAGCACAUACAUUUUUUGAUAACACUGCAAACUAAUAUUAUUACCUUUUUUCACCCGCACAACGAGUGCCUGCAAGUCAAAACUUACCCAAACCAAAAUGUACACAUGUUUGCCCAAUUCCUGGUGAAUUCGUGUUUAUGUGUGUACCUUCUAUUUUAUGGGUUUCUACCAAAACAAGAAAAUUAUAUUUCUUCGCUCUUCGCUGGCUCCUGUUUUCCUACAGAACAAAAACAAAUAUUUAAAUUAUUUUUCACUCGCUGCCUCAAUUUAUCAAGUGUGUUGAACAAUUUUUCAAUUUGAGGUGGCCUUAGAUAUAUAAAAAUGUAUUGAAUAUAUUCGGUUACACAUAUUUUUAUGCUUGCGGAAGACUUUGCUGUGUAAAUACCUAAAGAAUGUCAUAUUAUUUGUAUAAAUCAUGAACUUUGUUUAAUGCAACUGCCAUCAUCUUCUUUUAAAUAACUGUGCUUUCUUUGAUCAUAUAAGUGCUCUUUCUUGUUAUCUCGUGUAUAAAAUUAUUGUAUAUUUUUAUAAUCAGAGAAAAGUGAAAACAGAAAUAGUAAAUAUUUUUAUAUUUUGUCCAGUUUGAAUUGCAUUCAUGUAUUUCCGUAGCUUAUCUUCGCUGGCUCCUGUUUUCCUAAAAAACAAAAACAAAUAUUUAAAUUAUUUUUCACUCGCUGCCUCAAUUUAUCUCAGAAAAAAAAUGCAAUGAAAAUCUUUUCAAUUUGGGAUGGCCUUAGAUAUAUAAAAAUGUUUUAAAUAUAUUCGGUUACACAUAUUUUUAUGUUUGCCGGUGACUUUGCCAUAUUAUUUUGUAUAAAUUACGAACUUUGUUUAGGUAAUGCAACUGCCAUCACCUUCAGUAAACUAACUGUGUUUUCUUUGAUUAUGUAAGUGUUUUUUCUUGUUAUCUCGUGUAUAUAAAUAUUGUAUAUCUUAUACUCGGAGAAAAGUGAAAAUAGAAAUAAAUAGCAAAUAUGUAUAUGUGUUCCAAUUUUAAUUGCAUACAUGUAUUUCCAAAGCAAUGUAGCUAGUCUUCGCUGGCUCCUGUUUUCCGGAAAAAAUACAGAUAUUUAAAUUAUUUUUCACUCGCUUACUCAAUUUAUCUCAGAAAAAAAUGCGAUGAACAACUUUUCACUUUUGGAUGGCCUUAGAUAUAUAAACAUGUAUUAAAUAUAUUCGGUUACACAUAUUUUUAUGUUUGCAGAUGACAUUGCCAUAUUCUUUUGUAUAAAUCAUGAACUUUGUUUAAUGCAACUGCUGUCACCUUCUAUAAACUAACUGUGUUUUCUAUUAAAAAAUAACUGUGUUUUCUUUGAUAAUGUAGCCCCAUGUGGUUUUGGGACGAUUUGUGUAUGAAAAGAAUUGGAACCACUGCCUUACCCUUGCAUGAUCGUAAGAGGCGACUAAUAGGGUCUUAACAUUUGGUUUUGCAGUAACUCUGUGAUUCCAGCAGGUAUGCAAAUUUUGAUUCCAUACCUCAUGAUUUUAUUUCCAUAUAAAUUGAGAUCUGGAACCAAAAUUUGUAGUCCUGUUUGGCGCCAUAUAACCUAUACUGUGUUGGUGCGCCGUAAAACCCCAAAAAAAUCAAUAAAUUUGAUUAUGUAAGUGUUUUUCUUGUUAUCUCGUGUAUAUAAAUAUUGUAUAUUUUAUAAUCGGAGAAAAGUGAAAAUAAUAAUAAAUAGUAAAUAUGUAUAUGUGUUUCAAUUUUAAUUGCAUACAUGUAUUUCCAUAGCAAUGUAGCUAGUCUUCGCUGGCUCCUGUUUUCCGGAGGAAAAAAACAACAGAUAUUUAAAUUAUUUUUCACUCGCUUGCUCAAUUUAUCUAUAAAAAAAUGCGAUGAACAAUUUUUCACUUUGGGGUGGUCUUAGAUAUAUAAACAUGUAUUAAAUAUAUUCGGUUACACAUAUUUUUAUGUUUGCAGAUGUCAUUGCCAUAUUAUGUUGUAUAAAUCAUGAACUUUGUUUAAUGCAACUGUCGUCAGCUUCUAUAAACUAACUGUGUUUUCUUUUAAAAAAUAACUGUGUUUUCUUUGAUAAUAUAGCCCCAUGUGGUUUUGGGACGAUUUGUGUAUGAAAAGAAUUGGAACCACUGCCUUACCCUUGCGUGAUCGUAAGAGGCGACUAAUAGCGUCUUAACAUUUGGUUUUGCAGUAAAUCUGUGAUUCCAGCGGGUAUGCAAAUUUUGAUUCUAUACCUCAUGAUUUUAUUUCGAUGUGAAUGAGAUCCGGAACCAAAAUUUGUAGUCCUGUUUGGCGCCAUAUAACCUAUACUGUGUUGAUGCGCCGUAAAACCCCCAAAAAAUCAAUAAAUUUGAUCAUGUUAGUGUUUUUCUUGUUAUCUCGUGUAUAUAAAUAUUGUAUAUCUUAUAAUCGGAGAAAAGUGAAAAUAAUAAUAAAUAGUAAAUAUGUA